GGCGGGGUAUCUUAUUUCAUUUUGAAACUUGCCCCAUGCUCGCAGCGUCCACCAAGCGCGCGGCCGCGCGCCACGCCGCCCCCUUCGUGACCUCCCGCAUCAUGCUGACACCCAUGACCAGCAUGCAACAGACACGCACCAUCUACGGCGGUUUGUACAAGAUGGCCAAGAAGAUGAUGCCGCGCAUGUCCAAGACCGAGAAAGCCGCACUCGACAGCGGCACCGUCGGGUUUGACCGCGAUAUUUUCUCGGGGUCCCCCAAGCUGUCGGCCCUCGACAAGUACUCGGCAAAGCUGACGCCGGAGGAACAGUCGUUCAUGGACAACGAAGUGAACGAACUGUGCGAGAUGUUGAACGACUACGACAUUUUCCACAAGCAAGACUUGCCGCUCGCGGCGUGGAAGUUCAUCAAGGAAAAGGGUUUCUUGGGCAUGAUCAUCCCCAAGCAGUACGGCGGGAAGCAGUUUACGGCCCACGGCCAUUCCCAAGUCAUCACCAAGCUCAAUACCCGCAGCACCACGGCCGGUGUUACCGUGUGUGUGCCCAACUCGCUCGGACCCGCCGAACUCUUGCUUCGUUAUGGUACCGACGAGCAGAAGAACCACUUUUUGCCUGCUCUGGCGACGGGCAAGCACCUUCCUUGCUUUGGUCUCACCGGCCCCACCUCUGGGUCGGACGCCGCCAACAUGAAGGACACGGGCGUUGUUGAAGUGCAAGAAGGUGUCCUUGGUAUCCGCGCCACAUUCUCCAAGCGAUACAUCACCCUUGCGCCGGUCGCCACAUGCGUGGGACUCGCCAUCGACGUCAAGGACCCAGAAAACCUCCUCCAAGGACUGGGGCAUGAAGGCAUCACGGUCGCGCUUCUCGAACGCAACCAUCCCGGCUUGGAAAUGGGCCGCCGCCACGACACCCUCUCUGUUCCGUUCAUGAACGGCCCCGUAACGGGCACCGACGUUUUCAUCCCGAUGGACAAGAUCAUUGGCGGCCAAACGCGCGUCGGGUACGGGUGGAACAUGCUCAUGGACUGUCUCGCGGAAGGUCGAUCCAUCUCCCUUCCGGGCGGGGGGGUCGCCGGCGCCAAGGUGUCGGCGGUCGCGGUCGGCGGGUACGCGCGCAUCCGCAAGCAGUUCAAGGUGCCCGUGGCAACGAUGGAGGGCGUCCAGGAGCAUUUGGCGGCGAUCGGCAACCACGCGUUUAUCACGAUGGCGGGUCAGUUCCUCGUCAACGGCAUGAUCAACCAGCAUGAACAACCCGCCGUGAUCUCGGGCGUGUGCAAGCAGCAGAUCACCGCGCGCGGCCGCGAUGCCGUCGUCCAAGCCAUGGACGUACUCGGCGGCGCAGGGAUCUGCCGCGGCCCAAACAACUUUUUAGCCAACACGUACAUGAGUCUACCCGUGGCGAUCACGGUCGAAGGCGCCAACACGCUGACGAGGUCGCUGAUCAUUUACGGCCAAGGACUGACCCGUGCCCACCCCCAUUUGUACCCGCUCAUCCAGUCGCUCCAACAUGGAGAUGACGUCAAGUCGUUCAAAAUCCACGCGAAUGCACUUGUGUGGCAUGGCGUGACCAACACGGUCCACUCGCUAACGCGCGCCGUGGGACGAAGCCGGUCCAAGGGCGAUUUGGUGGGUCACUACGAGUCGCAGCUGAGUCGGCUCGCGGCGAACUUUGCCAUCACGACCGACUUGGCGCUGGUGUUGGGGGGCAAGCUCAAGUUUAAGGAAAUGAUCAGCGGGCGGUUUGCCGAUGCAUUUUCGAGCUUGUACUUGGGCUAUGCGUCGCUGUGGUUUUACAAGCAGCACCACGACACGACCGACGGCCUCGACGUCGUGUUUGAUUACGCCCUCACAACACUGUGUUAUGACGCCCAGGAGGCGCUCAUAGGCAUAUCGUCCAACUUCCCCAUCCCAGGGAUCGGGCCAGUCAUGAAGGGCGUGGCAUUCCCGUUUGGCCGCGCGUACGCCAAGCCCACGGAUGCGCAAGUAGCGGCGGUCGCGGAGCUCGUGAGCUCGGACAGCGGCGUGCGCGACUUGUUUGCCACGAGCAUGUUCAUUUCCAAAGACCCGACGGAUCGCAUUGCGCAGAUCCACCACGCACUGCCCAAGGCCAUCCAAGCUGAUAAGAUGCUCGCGGCGAUUCGCAAAGACAAGCGCAGCGCCACCGCCGACGAGCAAAAGCUGAUUGAUCAAGUCGAAGCCCUGCGCGACGCCAUCAUCCAAGUGGACGCGUUCGAUGCAUUGGGGGCCGAGAUUGGCGCCCCACACGAGUACAAGCGACCGGGGCUUGUUAACAGUAUUUUGGACCAAAAGCCAUAAAAACUAGUAACUACUAACUACUACAUGCGAUGAGAGACAUCCUACUAGUACUUGGAAGUAUAACGUUGUGGGGAAACGAAAUGUACUACUACUUUUAAUUGCAUUGGAAUUGCA